UCACUUCUAACCCACUAUUUUGUCCUCUCACUCCUCUUUCUCUCUCUCGUCACCAUCAUCAACGGGGGAAGAAAGAGAGAGAAAGCGAAGAGAGAGAGAGAGAGAGAAAGAGAGAGAGGGAGGGGGAGAGAGAGAGAGAGAGAAAUAAAGCAAGUACAAACUCUCUAAGAGCUUCAGUUACGCUCCACGACUCCAUUAGGGUUUUCACCGAACUGUAAAUGCUUGUCGCCGUGGACAACGACUGAGGUCGGAACUCUAAAAGAUAGCGCGCUCGAUGCGAUUCAGACCCGAUCGUGGUAUUUUCGUCCAAUUAGGGUUUCCAUCGACUCGAAUCCGAUAGUUUUUGCAGGUUUUUAGGGGUUUAGCUGGUGAAUUUGAGAGAAUGAACUCUGAUACAUUUCUUGAUUAUGCUCAGUUCCAGCUAUCACCAAGACGAACGCGGUGCGAAUUGUUUGUUUCGGGAGAUGGGAAGACUGAGAAGCUUGCUUCUGGCUUGUUAAAGCCAUUUUUGACCCAUUUGAAGGUUGCUGAAGAGCAGGCUAGUCAAGGAGUUCAGUCUAUAAAGGUCGAAGUAGAUAAGUGGAAGAAUGCUGGGAAUUGGUUCAAUAAGGGAACACUUGAAAGGUUUGUUCGUUUUGUCAGCACGCCGGAGGUGUUGGAGAUAGUCAAUACAUUUGAUGCGGAGAUGUCACAGUUAGAAGGCGCCAGAAAAAUAUAUUCUCAGGGAACAGGAGAUCAGCUUUCUGGAAAGUUUGGUAAAAAUGAAUCGGCUACUGCAGGAGCAGCAGAUAAAACAAAGAAAGAACUCCUCAGGGCCAUUGACUUGCGGCUAACUGCUGUUAAGCAAGACCUAGCAACAGCUUGUGCUCGGGCUUCUGCUGCAGGCUUCACCCUUGACACUGCCUCUGAACUCCUCCUGUUUGCCGAUCAUUUCGGUGCACCUCGCUUAAAUGAAGCAUGUACCAAGUUCAUCGCACUGUGGCAGAGGCGGACCGAGCUGAUAAGUCAUCCGCAGUCACCGUCUCAGUUGAUCCCGCCACGAUGGAAGGAUCUUGAUCAUGCCCACCUCCAUUGUGGAACUACCACCAGGUCUGAGACCCACAAGUCCACUAGCGAACAACCACUACGGGAGCAACUACUACAGGAAUCUGCUUCUGAGACAAAUUCAAUUGUUCAGUCCAUGGAGAAAGAUGUAAACAAGGCCAAGGAGGAUCCAUCUCCUAGUGCUGCAUCUUCAGAUGAGCUGGUUCAGCAAUCUGCAACCGGGUCCAGACGGUUAAGUGUUCUAGACCGGAUCAAUCUCUUUGAAACCAAACAGAAAGAACAAUCAGCAAAUGCUGCAACCAUUAGCAGCAGAACUUCUAGUGGAGCUGGAACCAAUAAGGUGGUGGCAGGAAGGGGAGAGCACCGGAGGCUACCAUCUGAUGCAUCUAUUGAGAAGUUGGUAUUGAGGAGAUGGAGUGGUGCCAGUGAUAUGAGCAUUGAUCUCAGUAACAACAACAGUAUCAGUAGCGACAGAAAGGAGAGCGGAACUACUGCAGAGACUCCUACUUCAUCUGCCAGUCCACAAGUUCAAUCUGGAAGUAAAACUGAAGAGGGGGCUGGGUUGUUGAAAGACACAGCAACAUCACAGCCUAGGUUGGGUCCUAAAGACAACUCAACAGUCACACACGUGUCUUCGUUGUCUUUAUCCAAGGUCGAAACCAGGCCCUCUCCUAACAAUGGAGAUGGAAGAGUAGAUGUCCUAUUGAGAGAAGGUACUACAACAUCCAAAACUCGGUGUGAACAGUCUAUGGAGAGUGGUAAUGGUGAGUCUCAAACAGAGUUUAGUAUUUUGGUGGGUGGAGCACGGGUCAGCGGAUUUGGUGAUGUUGCUAAAAACCAAGCAAGUUCCAAAACUGAGUCAGAACCAGGGGAGGGUGCUAAUCAAAAGGACCAAACAGCUUCUCUGUCUCAAUUUGACAGAGUUGUGAUGCAAAAUAUUGGAAUGGAAGAUCAAGCAGCUCCUGAAGUUUCAUCCAGGGCAGCGCCUGUAACACUGGUGAAGGCUAAAUCAAAGGAUCAAGCACGGGCAGAUACUGCUGGGAGGAAGAUUCAAGCGCCAUCAAUAACCAAAUUCAGGGCAUUUGAAAGAACAGAUGAUGGCGGAGCAAAACCAAACUAUCCAUUAGAUUCCCGUUUUCAUGUUAAAGCUUCCUUGGAGAAGAUGGAAGAUAGUGCGUCACAGAGUGAUCUGCCUUCAACAUCACAGCGGAAAACAAAUCCUGGAUAUCAAGAGGCAGGGAGGAAAGAGGAAGCGACUUCUCAUAUGUCAUUUAAGGAUUCUGUAGAAGAUGGAUCAGGUUCCAGGAGAACACAGCUGUAUGGUAGAACAUCUGCUCCUGAUCAGGGAAAGAAGGUGCAAGGAAGAAGAGAUGAAAGGGCCGUUAAUCAAGCAACAAGGAUUCCAGUUUUCUCAGGAAAGAAGGUGACAGAACAGGAGGAGGUCCUUCAACUUCCUUCUAUACCCCCUGUGGAUCAAGCUCAGUUAACGAGGCCAUUGAAAGGAAACAAUGAGCUGCAACUGAAGGCUGAUGAAUUAGAAAAGCUAUUUGCUGCACACAAGCUCAGGGUUGACGGGGACCGCACAGCUUCCUCUCAGAGAAGCAAAACCGUAGAUGGUCAAGUGCUGAAGUCUGCUGAGAAAAGGCCAGUUGAUGGUCCAACUGAGCAAUUUUCAGAGGGGAAUAUGUCCAGCUUGUGUUUGAGCAAUGGAGCAGAAUUUGACUCUAAUUUGCUUCUGAAGAUGGCUGAUAAUUUAGAUUCCGCCAAUAGUAUGAAGCAGAAGCUAGGUACUAUCAGUCCAUCAGACGAUUCAAGAGGAAAACUCUAUGAGAGAUAUGUGCAAAAACGGGAAGCGAAGCUGAGGGAAGAGUCAGGGUCAAAAAGGGCCCAGAAAGAAGCAAAGAUGAAGGCUAUGCAUGACAGCUUAGAACGUAGCCAUGCUGAGAUGAAGGCCAAACUUACUGGUUCAGCUGAUAAACGAGAUUCAAUACUUGCUUAUCGCCGUACAGUAAAAAAGAAAUCAUUCAAUGUUCACUCAGAUAAAAGAAACCUAGGGCAGACAAUAGAACUCCUCCAGAGAGAAGAAGAUGUACAAGAGAGCGAUCAGGUUAUGUAUGGCCAAGAUAGAUUUAAUAGUGACACAUUAUCUGGUAAUGAAUCUUCUACAAGCUCCAAAAAGCUUGUGUCCAAUAAAAGCUCAUCAUCAUCCACACGUAGAAUAUCAGCAGCACCAAUUCCCAAGCCAUCUUCCAAAAUCACCAACUCUAGUCCCAUUCGGCGUAAAAUGCGGCCUGAAAACCCACUUGCACAAUCAGUUCCCAACUUUUCUGACCUUAGAAAAGAAAACACAAAACCUGCGACAGGGGGCAAGGUGGCUUCCUGUGCACAACCAAGAUAUUUUGCUCGAAGCAAGAGUGCCAUUGAAGAGGCAAAUAUUGUCAAGGAAGAGAAUCCACAGAGGUUCCACUCCAUGAGGAAAAGUGUAGCCAUUCCUGGUGAGUUGAAGGAUCUCUCACCUCUCAGUUCUGAUGGUGCCAAUCUGACAGCAUUGGAUUUUCUGAAAGAGCAAAUGGAGCAGAAUGUUAAUAAAAUCCGGAAGAAUAGUGAGUCGAAAUCAGUUCUUAGGAAGGGUCGUGGAGUAGGUCCUGAUGCUGGAGGAGGUUUAUCUAAACUGAAAGGCUUUAUGAACUCUGAGGUCCCAAAAGAUGAAGAAGAAGUUCUGAUAGAUAAAUGUGAGGAUUUACCUGCUAUGGUUGAAGAAGAUGAAAAAGAAUCUGAUAGAGCAUACUCUGAAGAAAAUUUUCAGGCCACAAGUUUUCCUGUUGAAUCCAAUAAUGAAAAUGGUGAUCCUGGAGCAGAGAAUGCUGAUGAUCUGAGAUCACUAUCUCAAGAUCGUGUCGACUCCAGUGCUAUAUGCUCCACUUUCAAUCCCUCUGCUGGAUAUGUGCAGGAGUCACCAGGGGAAAGCCCAGGAUCAUGGAACUCAAACAUCCACCAUUCAUUUUCUUAUGCACAUGAUGCAUCAGAUGUUGAUGCAUCUGUGGGUUCUCCUACUGGAAGUCCUGCAUCAUGGAAUUCUCACCCGUUGAACCAAAUGAUGGAGACUGAUGCUGCUCGUAUGAGAAAGAAAUGGGGGAAUGCUCAGAUACCAGUUCUUGUUUCCAAUGCUUCACAUCAUCCCCACAAAGAUGUCACUAAAGGGUUUAAACGGUUAUUCAAAUUUGGGAGGAAAAAUAGAGGUGCAGAAUAUCUAGUAAAUGACUGGGCAUCUGCAUCUACAGCUUCUGAAGGUGAUGAUGACGCAGAAGAUGUUAGGGAGCUGGGAUCACGACCUUCAGAGGUAUUGGGGAAGUCAAGAAUGGGCUACUCAGUUUCUGCUUAUGAAGGCCUUAAUAGCAGCGACACAUUUCCUGAACAAGCACCUCGUUCCUUCUUCUCCCUUUCAUCAUUCCGAGGCAAGGUAAGUGAAGCUAAGCCAAGAUGACAGUGGGGCUGGGCACUGAUGUACAUGAUAUGGCUGCAGUCUAAAAUUACUCGCUGCUGUGGAUUUUUCCAUAGUGCUAGGCAUCCCAGCCUUAGUUCACAGUACGAAUUCUCCCUCAUCUCCAGAUAAUUCAUGUGAUUAUUUAUUUUUUACGAGUUGUGGUUCUCUAGGACUUCAAAAUGUAUCAAGUUUAUCAGUUUUACUUAGCUUUGGUAUCUAAAAAUUUAAUUAUUUGUGAUUGAAGGUAGUCUGUCAAUUUUCAUUCAUAUUUAUGUAAUGUCAUAUAUAAAUCAAAAUUUGUUUGUAACGAAGGACUAGCAAGACUGCAAGCUGAGUGAUUUUGUUUGUACAAAAUUCAAGAAAGAACACUCUUCUCUCUUGAUCCUUUCAUUC